ACGAAAGGCUAUUAACUAAUGACGUCACGAUUGGCGUUGGUGACAACUGGCAGCGAGAGGGAAUGGAAGGUGUGCGAGCGAUCGUCGAGCAGUCUCACGAUGGCCACCACAGCGACAGGACGGACGGCAAUGCCGGAGAGCCAGUGGGGGGAGGGCCGAGUGGCACUGGUGACCGGGGGAGCUCGGAGGGUCGGAAGGGCCACCGUCUUCGCGCUGCACAGACGAGGCUUCAACGUGGUCGUGCAUUGCAACAAUUCGCGGACGGAGGCGCAGGCCGUUGCUGACGAGCUCAACAGCAUCCGACCGAAGAGCGCGCACGUGAUCUCCGGCGACCUGUCGGUGGCGGUGGCGGCGACGGCGCAGCGGCUGGUGGCGGAGGCGCAGGCGCAGUGGGGCCGCCUCGACCUCCUCGUCAACAACGCGUCGCUCUUCUUCCCGACGCCGAUCGCCGAGGCCUCCGAGGACACCUGGACGCGCCUCAUGAACACCAACGCCAUGUCGCCCUUCUUCCUCAUGAAGGCCGCGGCGCCCCACGUGAAGGAGGUGGGCGGCAGCAUCAUCAACAUCGGCGACAUCGGCGGAGAGACGCCCACGCCGCCCUACUUCACGAUCUACAGUAUGACGAAGGCGGCGCUCAUCAUGGCCACGAAACAGCUGGCCAUCGAACUCGCUCCUGAGAUUCGUGUGAAUUACAUCAACCCUGGAGCAGUGAUCUGGCCAGAGACCGAUGUCGGAAAUACAUACCAAAAGGAGUGGUUAUCGAGGACUCCCCUGGGGCGGGAGGGCACCGGGGAGGACGUGGCGGAGGCUGCCGUGUUCCUGGCAUCUCCUGCGGCUGCCUACAUUACCGGUUCCAGCAUCAACGUCUGCGGAGGGCGCUCGGUCAUGACCUGAGGUGGCGCAGGGACUGAGGAAAAGGUCACCCAGCCUUCGUGGGGUAUUUGAAGGGCGUUCUGCGUCGGUUUUAGAUGUGAAUUCGGUCAUUUUGAUGAGUUUCAUUACUGCUGGUAUUGUAUUAUGGAUCAUUUAUGUAUUAUGAAGAUAUUGCAUAUGCAUGAUUUAGGUACUAUGUAUGUAUUAUACAUGCAUUAUGUAUGUAUUGUAUAUGCAUUAUAUAUGCAUUAUGUAUUAUAUAUGCAUUAUUCAUGCAUUAUGUAUUAUAUAUGCAUUAUGUAUGUAUUGUAUAUGCAUUAUGUAUGUAUUAUAUCUGUAUGUAUUACUUACUGCCUAAGUAUGAGUUCUUACUGUCAGUGUGUGGUCAGUGAAGAAGAAUGCUUUAUGUAUCUCGUCACUGAAGUGUCUACGUGAAGGAUUGAUUUAAUUCGCAUACUACUAAAUCAUAUCUUUGUGUAAUACUGUUACGUGAAUUCAUCUCCGUAAAUAAAGAUUUUCUCCCUAUUG